AUGGAAGAAGAGGGCGACCAAGUCGAAAAGAUCUCUGACGUCGAGCAAUCCCACCAGGAAUCCGCGUCUGAAAACGGAGUCAUAUUGGUUGUCAACCACAAUAACAUUCAGCCCCCUUUCAGCGUGGUGUUGGCCACAUUGUUGUAUUGUGUUGAGUUUGUCUGCGCAGCGGUGCUUUGCAACAUUUACCACAAGAGCGAUGACGACGUCUGGAUGGGGUUGACCAUCACCUUCAUGUUGGUGCCGGCUGUAUUGACUCAAUUGGCGCUGACAUUCAUUCAUAGAGAUUUAGGAAGAGACCGCCCCCUCGUCCUCUUCUUGCAUCUACUACUCCUGGGCCCGUUAAUUAGGUAGGUAUAGUGCCACAAAUAAUCACAGAGCUGAGUAGCUUCGGACCACAACUAGGAUGAUUUGAAGCAACGUGCUGAGUAGUACUGUAAUAUGAGUUUUCUACUGCCGCCCAAGGCCCAGGCUUUCGUGGUACAGUCAGUAGAGCACUCCUCUGCACAACAUAAUCUUGCCCCCAAUCAACUGUUCUCUCUCCCGCUACAUUGGUGGGAUUAUUCCAAUCCGGUGGUCUCGGGCGGGGUGUUGGGGAAGCAUACCUGUUGUCAGGUGGGACUGUGCGCGAGGAUGCUUCUCGAAGGAGAGAGGGUAAUGUGUAAAAUGGCUUAUGAACUCAGCAAAAAAAGAAACUUCCUCUCACUGUCAGCUGCGUUUAUUUUCAGCAAAUUUAACGUGUAAAUAUUUGUACGAACAUAACAAUAUUCAACAACUGAGACAUAAACUGAACAAGUUCCACAGACAUGUGACUAACAGAAAUUGAAAAAGGUGUCCCUGAACAAAGGGUGGGUCAAAAUCAAAAGUAACAGUCAGUAUCUGGUGUGGCCACCAGCUUCAUUAAGUACUGCAGUGCAUCAUCUCCUCAUGGACUGCACCAGAUUUGCCAGUUCUUGCUGUGAGAUGUUACCCCACUCUUCCACCAAGGUACCUGCAAGUUCCCGGACAUUUCUAUGGCCCUAGCCCUCACCCUCCAAUCCAACAGGUCCCAGACGUGCUCAAUGGGAUUGAGAUCCGGGCUCUUCGCUGGCCAUUGCAGAACACUGACAUUCCUGUCUUGCAGGAAAUCACGCACAGAACGAGCAGUACAGCUGGUGGAAUUGUCAUGCUGGAGGGUCAUGUCAGGAUGAGCCUGCAGGAAGGGUACCACAUGAGGGAGGAGGAUGUCUUCCCUGUAACGCACAGCGUUGAGAUUGCCUGCAAUGACAACUAGCUCAGUCCGAUGAUGUUGUGACACACCGCCCCUGACCAUGACGGACCCUCCACCUCCAAAUCGAUCCCGCUCCAGAGUACAGGCCUCGGUGUAAUGCUCAUUCCUUCGACGAUAAACGCCAAUCCGACCAUCACCCUUGGUGAGACAAAACCAUGACUCGUCAGUGAAGAGCACCUUUUUGCCAGUCCUGUCUGGUCCAGCGACGGUGGGUUUGUGCCCAUAGGCGACGGUGAUGUCUGGUGAGGACCUGCCUUACAACAGGCCUACAAGCCCUCAGUUCAGCCUAUUGCGGACAGUUUGAGCACUGAUGGAGGGAUUGUGCGUUCCUGGUGUAACUUGGGCAGUUGUUGUUGCCAUCCUGUACCUGUCCCGCAGGUGUGAUGUUCGGAUGUACCGAUCCUGUGCAGGUGUUGUUACACGUGGUCUGCCACUGCGAGGACGAUCAGCUGUCCGGCCUGUCUCCCUGUAGCGCUGUUUUAGGCGUCUCACAGUACGGACAUUGCAAUUUAUUGCCCUGGCCACAUCUGCAGUCCUCAUGCCUCCUUGCAGCAUGCCUAAGGCACGUUCACGCAGAUGAGCAGGGACCCUGGGCAUCUUUCUUUUGGUGUUUUUCAGAGUCAGUAGAAAGGCCUCUUUAGUGUCCUAAGUUUUCAUAACUGUGACCUUAAUUGCAUACCGUCUGUAAGCUGUUAGUGUCUUAACAACCGUUCCACAGGUGCAUGUUCAUUAAUUGUUUAUGGUUAAUUGAACAAGCAUGGGAAACAGUGUUUAAACCCUUUACAAUGAAGAUCUGUGAAGUUAUUUGGAUAUCUACAAAUUAUCUUUGAAAGACAGGGUCCUGAAAAAGGGACGUUUCUUUUUUUUGCUGAGUUUAUAUGAGCGUUCUACUGCCUGACAUAGUGUAGAGCACUAGACUCCCCCUUACAAAAAAUAUUUACGUUUUGAAACUGCAGUAAAAGUGCAGUAACUGUGGUAUUUCGGAUGCAGUAAUGACAGAAUAACUGCAGUUACACUGCAAAAUUACUGCAGUAAAAACAUUUUUAUUUUGGAUGCAGUAUUUGCAGCAUACUGCAGUUAUACUGCACUCUGACUGCAAUCUUUUUUUCGUUACCGAAGGUUCAUAUAAUUGAGUCCUCAGUGAACUGUUCUUUAUUUCCCGCUACAGUACUGUAGGCCUACUAAGAAACACUCUACAAUGUUUACUCAGUUAUCCUAUACAUUUGGCUGUUUGUUUUCUUGCCUCUUCAAACCUGUUUGACCAGAUGUGAAGUGGGUCAACGUUCUGAUAGACCCUCUCAUUUACACCUUUGUCAGACGUGACUCGUGUAGCCUACUGUAGAUACAGCUGCUUCUUUGUGUCAACCCACUUAUAAUUGGGUUUGAACUGUCACUGCUACUAAGUGACAAGUUAUAAGGAGUGGGACCUCAUUUGAGGACAAUGCCAUUGGUAUACAGAAAUGCAUGGGUGUGUCUUUUCUUUAUUUUGUUUCACAUAUCUAAUUGGCUGAAAUUAGAUUUUUGCUUUGGUGUGAAAUGCCCACACUUUGAAGGCUUCCAUUGCUGCUCUAACACUGAAAGUCCCCUCACUUAAUCCUUUUAAGUACAAAUCACUCUUAACUAGACCUGUUGAACAAACCGUGAGCCAUUAGUCACUGGCAAAAUAAAGUCAAAGUGGAGUCUUUGGUAGAUGUUUUGAAACUAAGCAUGUCUUGAGUGACACUGUUGGUGAACUUUGGUUUGUCACCUUGGAUUUUAAUUCAAUUUGAUCCACUUUAGUAGAGAUGGAAGAUAUGGGAAAAAAAUUCAUAUCACGAUAAAUUGUAUGAAUUUAUGUGUUAACGAUAAAUAGAACGACAAGUAUAUAACACUAAUGUGAACAGAUUAUUUUUUUUUAUCUUUUAAACUACUAGUAGUCUGAUGAUUGUAGCCAUCAAUUGUCCCAUUAACAAUCACCCAUAUUAGCAAACUUAUUUAAUUUCAAACAUCAUAUUUCUCUAGUAUAGGCUACUUAUCGCAAUGAACGAUAUCAACAAAAUGCCUGCGAUAAGUUAUCGGUGUGGUUGGUGUUGAUAAUUGUUGGUUUAUUAUCCCAGCUGUACACUGUAGGCCUUGUAGAGAGCCGAAGGUGUGGCCCUUUAACACUUUAUGAAGUAGGCCUUCUGCAUGGCUUACCAUUCCAUAUAGUUUACAAUGGAUAACAUUACAGAUAACAAAAGACCCAGAAAAGCAGAAUAACAGUGUUUCCUAUAAUUCAUUAUAGUCGUUCUGCAUUUAAUAUUUUCCGCAACAAGAAACUGCCUUGAAUCUGUGAGGUGAAUGUGAUCCAUUUAGUGAAGGGUGACUAUCAGCCAUGUGUGGAAGAAACCACUGUGUCAAGUAUUCAAAUAUCUAGUGGAGUCUCUGACUGGGAUGUGGAAGCAGUGACCUGUGUCAUAUCCCUCGGGAUUCCUCUAGAGUAGCAGAUUUACUGCAUGAAAACACACUGUCAAUGUUUUUAAAUGUUUUAAAGAUUGUAUAUAUUGUAAGACUAAGAUUAGAAUACAUCCCAGAAUACCUUACUUCUACAGUGCAUAUCUUGUCAAUUCAAAGGGCAACUUUGGCAUGAUCUCUUUUGGCUGCACUGGCUGCACACAUAAUGGCCCCCAUACUCAACUGGUGGACUGGAUCUGGACCCAGAGCGGGGUCAAUUAGGACCGCGGGUCCCGAAAAGGAAGAUUUUGUACUUUUUUUUACUCUGUUGGGCUUCGACCCGUGGUAUAAUAUAAACACACAUAAGACAUGGAAGAAUACGUAGAAUUGCAGGAAAUGAGCUUUAAAACAGCAAAAAAAAUAUAUUCUUUAUGCAAAAUGUGUAGAACUGUGGGAAAUUAGCUUUAAAACUAACAUUUUCUCUCCUCCAACAAGAGGGGAGUGAACCGUUUGAGGUUGCAAGGUGGGGGUUUGUUACUGUGCCGAUAAAUUACAUUAUCCAUCCAGACCUUUGCCACCGAGGAAAUUUGUGUGACCGGACCUCCUCAAAUAGUACUUGAGUACCCCUGUUUAUGACAAAUCAAGUGACUGGCUAGCAGGCAUUUGCCAAGCCAGCACAUGACAUGACAUUGGCACACUGUUUACAGCCCUGCUCCCCCUCUCCCUCACUAUAGCAGUGCUAAACCGUAAGAAGCAGCCCUUCAGUUUUCAGUAGAACUAGAUCAAGGUUUGGUUUCAGGGUUGUUGUGCUACAGCUACACAGUUCUAUAAUUAUACUCUGGAGGGUGGCUUGUCUGGGGAUGUCCCUUGGACAGGAAGCUUCAUAUCAUUAACUUCUGACUUGUUUUCCUGCCUCACCCUAUUUUGUUUCUAAGGCGAUGGAUAACUGUGUCAAACAGAUGUACUAGAUCAGGGGUCUUCAACCAUUUGUGGCAUGAGAGCUACUUUUAAAAAAUGAAACGUGCGAGCGACACUUUUUUUGUUAUAGCUUUCAAAUUGGCACAUUCUUCUCCUCUCCCCUGCAACUCUUCCCCAGGUCCAUAGUGUACAAGAUAAAGUGGUAAAAGAAUGGUUAAUAAACAACUCUAAGGGGGGCCUAUAAAAUGUGAUUUUAUUAUGUUAUGUUUUUAUUAAAUUUUUUGUUUUAUAAAGGGGAACAUUUAACUCUUACAAUUACAAAUGUUCAUAGAGAAACAACUAAAUUGGAUGUUCCCCUUUAAUUCCGCAUCUGGCUCUUAAUUGUGCCUCUAGUGAGUGAGUAAUGGGCUGGUCUAGCGAUGGUUCUGUACUGCCGCUGCUCAUUUCAUGGCAAAGUUUCCAAAGAACAAAUAAUAGAUACAAAUUAUAAACUUACUCAUGGUAUACUUCUGCCAGGUAAGCCUACUUUGUAGUUAACAUUUAAUUGAUAAAGUUUUGGGGAAAGUAUUUCUGUCAACCCACAAGACAGUUAUCACAUCUACUGGCUACACACGGAAUGAUGAACAAGCGCACACAGAAAGGGAUAAUGUUGCGUUGAUUAGACAGUAGAUGGGAGCUUGUUGUGUCUGAUAGCCUACUUGUGAGAUUUGUUUAUGUCAGUUUGCGGUGUAACGUGAAAAUUGCCUAUACUUAAGAAUUGUUUGGCGAGUUACUCAUAGGUGGGCUGCGAGGUACUGGUAACUCGCGAUCGACCUGUUGGAGACCCCUACACUAGAUAAACAGCUGUGCAUUAGUUACAGUUACUCCCACUGUCCCCUCUGACCUUUGGGUUGAUCUUUGGGCGGCAGGUAGCCUAGCGGUUAAUGCGUUGGGCCAGUAACCGAAAGGUCGCUGGUUCGAAUACAAGGUGAAAAUAUUCUGUCUGUGCCCUUGAGCAAGGCACUUAACCCUAAUUUGCUCCAGGGGUGAGGUACUACUAUGGCUGACCCUGUAAAAUAACACAUUUCACUGCACCUAUCUGGUGCAUGUAAUAAUAAAACUUUUUUUUUUUAUCAGUUGUGCACUUCCUGUGGAGCUUGGUUGAUGUCAUCACAGAUCAUCAUCUGUGUUGGCGCAAUUCGAUAUUGCAUGUUUCUUAGCAACUCUGACCAAGGGUUGAAAUGCUGCUGGCUGCACGGCUUGCUUUACCUUGUAAUAGGCAAGGACUCUAGCUCACAGGGUAGUGUUUGUCUUGUUCCUCACAGGUCUUUAAAUUAACGCAAAGUACAGUUUCACUAUAUGAAUGUGUUUUUCAAUCUAUAUCUUAGAUAAUCUGUUGACAAGAUGUUGUGUAACAUGGCCAACUGUGAGUCUCUGUGGUGGUAAUUUGGUUCCCUGCUUGAGUGGACCUUGUCACAGCUUGUCUCUGAGAGAAUAAAUUCCUCUCCCGAGGCAGAAGUAGCUACAUACUUACAGUUGAUAGAACUGUCCCUGUCCCAGCAUGCAACACUGAAACGAUGUUUACAGACAGUGAAGAAAGGUUGGUCUCUUGAUGUCCUUAGCACCAAUGCAUCUUGUGGGUGUUAUGCCAAAGCACGGUUGUUAACAGACUAGAGAUUCUCAUCUUGUUAUCUCAAGGAGUAUGCUGAGAUGAUUUCCUGGUGAUGAAACCACCCUUGCGCCUUUUCUGAUGAAAGAUAACAGCAAUGGUUGCUUGAACUGCAGCCCAUUUCUUAAAGUGGCAAUCAGCAGUUGAAACAAUAACAAAGCGAUCUCACCACCACCGUUUCGUUAAAAAGCUGAGGGAUGAGGCUGGAGAAAUGUAACCACUCAGAUUCAUAGACUGAGCUAUGGAUGCAAGGACUUGACCAUCCAUGAUAUACAAAUUAUAAAGCUAUACAGUGUUUAUUUACAUUGGAGUAAAACAAACUUAUGUUUUGGGGUGUGACAGUUGAGUUAAGCUCAUGAGGCAUUUAUAAGUUAUAUUCUUCAAGAAUCAGUAGGCUACAUAUCAUUAAUUUAAUAAGUGCAAAAAUGGAUGAAGCUACUGCAGAUUGCCCCUUUUUAAGGUAGUUCCUUAUUGCAUGUGUGUUUUACUUUGUGCUCUUUACAAGUACUGGUAUCCUAAGCAGAGAGCAAAGUGGUUUUUAUGGCCAGGGAGUAAUUACCCAGAAGUAGGCACUUUGCUUCACCUGAUGGUACCAUUAGAUGCUGCUGUGGACAUCAGGCAUAAUGAUUCUGUCAGCCAACCUUUUCUCCAGCUGUGCUUUUUCCUCUAAGUCAAAUGUAUUGUGUUUCUUAGUAAUUUUUUCAGAACCUGAAGUGCUGGACUGACUCCAGCACGCAUUCUCAGCUGCAUUAUGAUGCCAAGCUUCCCUGGAAAUCAAUCAGUAAAUCAUAGUCUUGUGACCGCUACCACCUCCCAUCUGUAGACCAAACAUAAAACUCUCAGACAAGAUGACCUCGAUUCUUUUGCGUAGGCUACCAGUAGUACCACUGGAGAGAUAAGAGGUGGCUUGUGCCCCUCCCUAAUGUCUCUCGGUUCAGAGAGAGUUGAAGUCAAAGACGAGAUGCUCUCGUUUUGGUUGUGCACUGUAAGGUCACAGCGAACGUGAUUCCACCAGCACCACAACAGCUGAAAAAACACUGGCUGAAAAUGGAUGACGGCUGAAUGUGGUGUCCUGUAGCAACCCACAGCUGAGCUGGCAGGAAGAGGAUCCUAGUAGCUAGCCUGUCUGUGUUCUCUCCCUUAAGCCCAUGUACAAAGUAGAUGUUUUGGUCUGAAAGACAAACACUGUGAUUUACUUGGUUGAGUGUGAAUACCUUAGACCAGGGUUCCCCAUCUGGUGGCCCGCGGGUGGUUGUAUUUGUCCCCCCUAGUUUUCUGAGCAAAAAAUAAAUCAUUUUGUGUGGAAUUUUCAUUGUUGGACAUAAGGCUGUAAAGAAAACACCAUGAGAUUUUAAUUUAAGAAAUCUGUUCCUAAGUAUUCCCAUGCAUACUAGAGAGACAUGAUUGUAUACAAAUGUAAGCAAAGUUUGAAAUGAUAUGAUUGACUAAAACAAUCUGUUUGGGCUUCUUACAGUCAAUUUGCAGUCUACAAAUGAUUUGUAAUUAUGUUCCGGCCCCCCGACCAUCCGCUCAAGAAGAAAACGGCCCGCGGCUGAAUCUAGUUGAUGAUCCCUGCGUUAGGCGUUAUGGAGUGCCAUGUGUACAGCUAUCCACUGCACUGGAACUACUCAACAUAAGCAGAUGAAAGUAGUGCUAAACAACAUGUCUGUGCUAUUUGUGUGCGGUGUUAAUGUCUUUCUGUCAGUGAACACAAACUAUUUUCCUCUGUGAAGCGGAAGGGAACGCACAAAUACUGAGUGUACAAAACAUUAGGAACACCUUCCUAAUAUUGAGUUGCAACUCCUUUUGCCCUCAGAACAGCCUCAAUUCGUUGGGACAUGGACUAUAAGGUGUCGAAAGCAUUCCACAGGGAUGCUGGCCCAUUAAUUCUCCAAGGCUUCCCAUAGUUGUGUCAAGUUGGCUGGAUGUCUGGACCUACUACCAUACCCCGUUCAAAGGCACUUAAAUAUUUUGUCUUACCCAUUCAACCUCUGAAUGGCACACAUUCUCAAUUGUCUCAAGGCUUAAAAAUCCUUCUUUAAUCAGUCUCCUCAACCUUCAUCUACACUGAUUUGAAGUGGAUCUAACAAGUGACAUCAAUAAGGGAUCAUAGCUUUCUGGAUUCACCUGGUCAGUCUGUCGUGGAAAGAGCAGGUGUUUCCUAAUGUUUUGUACACGCAGUGUCAAAGGCUGUCACAGUUUAUUUUUUGCCCUCUGGUGGAGCCAUAUAGCAAUGUCGCAUUUUUUUGUUUUAAUUUUAAAAUGUGAAGGAAAAUGUAAUAUUUAUUGCAAAUCAUGUGACUGAAAGUAAAGAAACAAUCUUUGUUUUUUUGUUAGCCUGUACUGCCCUCUGGUGGCUGUGGUAUUACUCUUCUCUCCUGUCCUCCUCAGGUGUUUCGAGGCUCUGGUGGUUUACUUCAAGGCAGGUAAAGAGGAGGAGCCGUAUGUGACCAUCUCCAGGAAGAUCAAGCUGAAGAAGGACCAGGCCACGCCCAUGGAGUGGGAGAUCGGCCACUCGGAGCGCAAGCUGGCGACGCACCGGAACGCCUUCAAACGCACAGCCGUCAUCCAGGCCUUCCUGGGAUCCACCCCUCAGCUAACCCUGCAGCUGUACGCCAACAUCCAGGAGAAGUACUUCCUCCCUAUCAGACGUAAGAGUCCUCUUGAUGGCAUUCAUGGUGAAUGCUGUAUGUUUUGCUGCUGUUUGGAGGGUCUAACAAGUGCUUUGUCUCUGUGUUCAUCCCAGUGACUCUGAUGAUCAUCUGCCUCAUCUCCAUCACCUACGGGGCCCUGGUGUGCAGCGUGCUGGCCAUCAACAUCCGCUACGACGACUACAAGGUGCGGCUGCGCCCGGCCGCCUACCUCUGCAUGAUCCUGUGGCGGGGCCUGGAGAUCGCCACGCGCGUCACCUCCCUGGUGUUGUUCAGCUCCGCGCUCACCUAUUGGGUGAUCCCCGUGGGCCUAGGCAACCUGCUCUUCUUCUUUCUGCAGCCAUGGGCCGAGUUCUGGGCGCGACGUGCCUCGCUGCCCGACAACGUGGAGAAGAACUUCAGCAAGCUGGGCACCACGGUGGUGCUGUCGCUGGUCACCUUCCUGUACGCCUGCAUCAACAUCUUCUGCUGGUCGGCUGUGCAGCUGGACCUGGCCCACCGCGACCUCAUCGAGAAGAAGCAGCACUGGGGCCGCCUGGCCUCAUACUACAGCGGACGCUUCCUCGAGAACGGCGUGCUCAUCGCCCUCUGGUACUUUUAUAAGUCGGACUUCUACGCGUACGUGUGUGCCCCUCUGCUGGUGGCCCAGCUGCUCAUCUGCUACAGCCUGGCUGUGCUCUUCAUGCUACUCUUCUACCAGUUCUGCCACCCGUGUCGGCGCCUCUUCAGGCACAAUGUGCACGACUGCCUGGCCUGCGUCUGCUGCUGUCGGAGGGGCGUGGGGAGAGAGGGGGAGGGGCAACCCAACUCCUAUUCCACCACCGCCACCAUGGUGCUGGUGCCACUGGAGCCGCCUGAACGGCAGCCCCCCGACCUCACCAGCCAGCUGGGGGAGCACGAGACGGCAAUCGUUGAAGACAUGGAGGCGGCUUGA